CAGGGGUUGUCGCUGCUCUCCUGCCCCGCAGGGGCGCCCGCCGGGUCCCGCGCUGCGCAGAUACGGGAUCAGGUCGCAGACGCCGGCCGUUCAGCCCAGCCGCCGCGCAGGCCUAGCGAGCUCACCUCUCAAUGCAGUCAUGAGUGGGACAACAUCACCUCCACCCCUCAGUCCCCACCAGGAUCAACCCUGAGACUUCUUGGUGGCCCCAUCAGAGUCCCGCCUCUACCCACAACCCUCCUGUGCUCCAUCACUUGCUCACCUUUCCGUUUCCUAGUUUCUAUUCCCACAGUCCCCAGCCCUUACAAACCCUUCCUCUUUGUCCAUCCCCAGAGGAGACCUCAUUUUUCUUCUCCCUCUGGUGACUUCACAUAGCUCUCUGUUUCCUGCUGGGGUCCUGGCAGAUGCCAGCACUCCAGGUUGCAUAUUCCCAACUCUGUGUCUUAUCUCAAUGAUCCCUGUGCUGUUUCCUGAUUCUUCUGGAAGGUUCCAUCCCAUUGGUUCUUCCUCAUGUCCUCGUCUACUUCCUAAGACCCGAUAAACACACCUCUUGUAUCUUCAUCUCCUCCAUAAACACUGCCUUCACCUGUUUUGUUUUGUUUUUCUCCGGUGCCACCAUCUUUAUAUUCUGAUUGCGUGUACAGACACCCUUAUUGAUACUAGUCCCACCUCUUACCCUACUUCCAGCCUUCCUUGAUGCUCUUUCUCUCAAGUUCUCCUUUUGCUUAGCCGGCCACAAAGCAAGCCCAGACUCAGUCCUCCUGAACUGUCUCCUGCGAUGUUCCCCUGAGCCUCCGAAGAGGGGGCUCAGGGGGCCCCAUGGCCUCCCGCCCCCCGUGGCCCUGUAGCCCCAGCGGGCCAGGGGAAGCACCUGGGAAGCCCCAGCGCCCAGCAUGGGCAAUCGCACGUGGGAGGGUUGCCAUGUGGACUCACGAGUGGACCACCUCUUCCCGCCGUCCCUCUACAUCUUCGUCAUCGGGGUGGGGCUGCCCACCAACUGCCUGGCCCUGUGGGCGGCCUACCGCCAGGUGCGCCAGCACAACGAGCUGGGCGUCUACCUGAUGAACCUGAGCAUCGCCGACCUGCUGUACAUCUGCACGCUGCCGCUGUGGGUUGACUACUUCCUCCACCACGACAACUGGAUCCACGGCCCCGGCUCCUGCAAACUCUUCGGCUUCAUCUUCUACAGCAACAUCUACAUCAGCAUCGCUUUCCUGUGCUGCAUCUCCGUGGACCGCUACCUGGCGGUGGCCCACCCACUGCGCUUCGCGCGCCUGCGCCGGGUCAAGACCGCCGUGGCGGUGAGCUCCGUGGUCUGGGCCACCGAGCUGGGCGCCAACUCGGCGCCGCUCUUCCACGACGAGCUCUUUCGAGACCGCUACAACCACACUUUCUGCUUCGAGAAGUUCCCCAUGGAGAGCUGGGUCGCCUGGAUGAACGUCUACCGCGUGUUUGUGGGUUUCCUCUUCCCGUGGGCGCUCAUGCUGCUGUGCUACCGCGGCAUCCUGCGGGCCGUGCAGAGCAGUGUGUCCACCGAGCGCCAGGAGAAAGUCAAGAUCAAGCGCCUGGCCCUGAGCCUCAUCGCCAUCGUGCUGGUCUGCUUCGCGCCCUACCACGCCCUCCUGCUGUCUCGCAGCGCUGUCUACCUGGGCCGGCCCUGGGACUGUGGCUUCGAGGAGCGAGUCUUCUCCGCCUACCACAGCUCCCUGGCCUUCACCAGCCUCAACUGCGUGGCCGACCCCAUCCUCUACUGCCUGGUCAACGAGGGAGCCCGCGGCGAUGUGACCAAGGCCCUACACAACCUCCUCCGCUUCCUGGCCAGCGACAAGCCUCAGGAGAUGGCCAACGCCUCGCUCACCCUGGAGACACCCUUGACCUCCAAGAGGAGCGCCACCGGCAAGUCCUCAGGGGCUGUCUGGGCAGUGCCUCCGACCGCCCAGGGGGACCAGGUGCCACUGAAGGUGCUGCUGCAGCCAGCACAGUGAGCCCCAUCCCCAACCUGGCCCCCACCCCGUGUAUGCAAAUGAAUGUAAAUAUGUCCUUGUGAAUAUUCAUAAGAAUACAAGGGGGAAAAUGUGGCUUUUGUGUCUCUCUCAAGCCAUCUUCUUCCACCAUGAUCCCCAAUGACUCGCUAUAACCCACAGGGCCUGAAGGGGAAUGUCACGGCUAGAAGUCUGUCAUCACGGACUCCCAGAUGGAGUCAGCCAUGUGGAGUUUAGGAUGAGGUGAUGAUUCAGUUAACUGGUUUCCAAUAAAGACAGAAGAGUCUGGU